AUGGCUAAAAUUUCAACUGCCAGCAACAUCGUUGCCUUUGUUUGCACCUUCUUCUACAGAAUAACGGUCCAGCUGGCAGUUGAAGUGACCAAACUAAUGAUCUUGCUGGCGAUUCUUAUCGCAGCUUUCAGUGUUAUCGCUCUGGGAUGUGUUUCUCUGUUGCUAUGGACACAUAGGGCUUAUGAAGGUAGUCUUUUGGCCAUGUCGUGCGCCGUUGUUCUAGUAGCAGUGUUGUUCGUGCUUGCGGCUGUUGUGGUCGAGCAUCUGGUGAAGAACGUUCUUCGUUUAACGGACAUGCCUUUAGCCCAGCUACUGAAGAUCUGUCUCAUGGAUAUAUUUGGGAGAAGAAGGCAAACAAGACAUCGCUGA